AAUUUUCAAUUUUGAGCUUUGACCGAAGAGAGCGGGGAGAUAUGAGCGUGGUAUGGUAUUGGUAGAUUAGCGCAAAUCAACGGAAUGCCUUCACUUCUCUCACAACGACCAGCUCUAGCUUCUUCUUCUUUUUUCCCGUUUAAUUUUCCCGGCAAACAGAGAAAGAGAAAAGCUGAAUUCAAAUCCGAUUCUGUAACUCGGCUUCUAACUCCAGCCAGCGUUUAGACUUGAUAGUUGAUUAAUGGAUUCUGAAUCUGCUGACUCAUCUGCUCAACCUCCUGCUCAAGCUUCUUCCAUUGAGCCUCCAGUGAAAGUUUCUAAUAGUGGGUCUCCUGCCAAAGCUGCCAAUACUGAGCCUGCUGCCCAAAAUGCCACUAGGCAUGAUGAUACGGUGGGUGAAUCACCUGCUUCUAGUGUAUCAUCUCAGAGAAGUUCAAACCUACCACAGCCAACACGACCUCCAACAGAUCAGAGUGCAAGUUCUGGGAUUUCUGCAUUUUCUCGUCUCACUAGUGGGUUUGGAUUGCAUUUUGCUUCAGCAGCCCCAGGACCAAAUGAGAGUUCUAAAGGCAAUGCAGCAUCUGAACAAGCUGGUGUUUUUGAAUCUUUAACUAAAGGUUUGGUUGAUUCAUCUCGAAGUGCUGUGAAGGCUAUGCAGGUCAAGGCACGCCAUGCUGUAUCUCAAAAUAAACGCAGAUAUCAGGAGGGAGGAUUUGACUUGGAUAUGGCUUAUAUCACUGAAAAUAUAAUUGCUAUGGGAUUCCCUGCUGGUGAUUUAAGCUCUGGGCUUUUUGGAUUCAUUGAGGGGUUCUAUCGAAAUCACAUGGAAGAAGUGAUAAGUUUCUUAGAGACUCAUCAUAAGGGAAAAUACAAAGUGUAUAAUCUUUGUUCUGAGAGAUUGUAUGAUGCAGCCAAGUUUGGGGGAAAGGUGGCAUGUUUCCCAUUUGAUGACCAUAAUUGUCCUCCCAUUCACCUCAUAAUAUCAUUUUGUAAAAGUGCAUAUUCAUGGUUGAAAGAGGACAUUGAAAAUGUGGUGGUAGUACAUUGUAAAGCUGGUAUGGGCAGAACAGGUGUAAUGAUAUGUAGCCUUCUUCUUUUCCUUAAGUUCUUCCCAACUGCCAAUGAAGCCAUUGAUUACUUCAACCAGAAAAGAUGCAUAGAUGGAAAGGCUAUAACUCUCCCAAGUCAGAUUAGAUAUGUCAAAUACUUUGAACGCAUCUUAACAUACUUCAAUGGAGAAAAUCAGCCUGGACGAAGGUGCAUGCUUAGGGGAUUUCGGCUUCACAAGUGUCCUUAUUGGAUAAGGCCCUCUAUUACAAUCUCUAAUCAUAGCGGGGUUCUAUUCUCAACAAAAAAGCAUCCCAAAACUAAGGAUUUAAUGCCGGAAGAUUUCUGGAUUAGUGCACCUAAGAAGGGGAUUUUGGUAUUUGCUCUACCAGGUGAGCCAGGCCUGACAGAGUUGAUGGGGGACUUCAAAAUUCAAUUUCAUGAUCGCCAAGGAGAUUUCUACUGUUGGUUAAAUACGACAAUGACAGAAAACAGAAAAACACUAGACGCAUCUGAACUUGAUUGUUUUGACAAGAGAAAACUGCCUUCACCAGGUUUCCAGGUUGAAGUUGUGAUGAUUGACUACGAUGGUACUCCACCAAGGCCUAAAGCUGAUUCUGCCAGUACUAGCUUAGGCUCUAUUUCCAAGUCAAAUGAUGGAGUUGCAGCUAAUUCUAACCAAAGAAAAUUCUCCGAAAAUGAAGAUGAUGUAUUCUCAGAUAGUGACGGAGAAGAAAAUGGUGCUCCAAAGAGCAGCAAAGCUGAUGCUUCUGGAGUUGGAUCCCCUCAAUCUGGUCAAACAUCAAACAUCACAGAAGAGCAAAUUAAGAGCUUAACACAGGGAACUGAGCAAUUAUCUACUGGGAGUCGAGAACCCUCGCAUGUUAAUGCAUCCGAGGGAACAUCCAGUGGUGGGAUUAAGAAACCUGUCUCAGGCCUUGAGAUUCCUAACCUGGGCUCAGUGGAAGCAAGUGACAUUAAGGCAAUUGCUGCUGAUGCUUCAGUUUUUACCUUUGGGGACGAAGAAGAUUAUGAAAGUGAGUGAAGCAUUGGUUACAUUGCAGCCUGAAAGUGUACAAGGAACUUGCUCAAACGAGCUCUUUGAGAAAAAAAAAAUGAUAAAGAUCAAGAGGGAUUUUGAUAAAUACAAUUACAUCAAGCAUAUUAAAGAUAUGAAACGUCUUUAUCUGGA